AUAGUGGUUUCGCAGCGCGGUUUCACGAACACUAAUGCAAAUCUACUGGUUGAAAAUAUGCCCAUUUGAUUUUGCUGGGAACAGCUGAUCUUUGUUUACUAUUUUCAACCAGUAACUCAAGUGGUGUUCGUGUAAUGCAGCGUGUACGUACACGCAACACUACUAAAAGCAGAAACCACUAUGCUUCGACCGUCCUGGGCGGGUGGAUGUCAAAAGGCAUAACGGUAGUAUGUUUUGUUUAUGAAUGAAAUUCGCGAGUUUGAUGAAUGGGAUUCACGUUGUGUAACAUUGUACACGCUAGCGUAUACGCAAAGUACCGGUAGGUACGUGCUGAUCUGAAAAUAACUGUUAUUGUAGUAUUUUUGUAUUUUGGGCAGUAGUUUUCUGAUCAUUAAUGAAAAUCAGCAAUGUUCAAACGAGUUGUGGUCGGAGUUUCCGGUGGAGUGGAUAGCGCCGUCACGGCUUACAUGCUGAAACAGAAAGGAUUCGACGUCCGGGGCGCAUUUAUGAAAAACUGGGAUCUGAUCGAUGAGUCCGGUUAUUGUUCCGGCGAGCAAGACUGGUUGGACGCCCAGAAGCUCUGCCGUCAGCUCCGGAUUCCCCUCGAGGAGACCAACUUCGUCAAAGACUACUGGCUCGAAGUGUUUGGGAGCUUCCUCAAGGACUACGAAAAGGGAGUAACACCCAACCCGGAUAUCCUCUGCAAUCGUCACAUCAAGUUCAAUCUGUUCUACAAGUAUGCCCGCGAGAAGAUGGGAGCCGAUGCGAUAGCAACCGGUCACUACGCUCGUACCAACUUCGGGCCAUUUUUGGAGCAAUACGAUGACCGUGCACCAAUACGGUUGCUGGCCGGUGUAGACGACAUCAAGGAUCAGACGUUUUUCCUGUCGCAGAUUAGUGCAGACGCGUUGCGAAGGACCAUGUUCCCGAUCGGUGCCAUGACCAAGGCGCAGGUAAAACGGUAUGCGGCCGAUGUGGGAUUGGAGGCGUUCGCGCGGAAGAAGGAAAGUAUGGGUAUUUGCUUUGUGGGGAAGAGGAGCUUUCAGGACUUCAUCGGAGAGUAUAUUGAAACGAAGCCGGGAGAUUUCGUGGACUUUGAUACGGGGAAGGUGGUGGGGAUGCACAAAGGGCUUCACCAUUGGACAGUGGGUCAGAAGGCGAAGAUUGGUGGUUGCUUGCAGCCGUAUUUUGUGUUUCAGAAGGAUGUGGACAGGAAUGUGAUCUUUGUGGUUUCGGGAACAGAUCAUCCGUUGCUGGUGACGGAUAUGGUGUACGUGGAGAAUCCGGUGUGGAUUAAUAAACCUGAGAGGUUGAGUGAUGGGGUAUUACGGUGCCUGUUUAGGUUUCAACACACAAAACCCUUGGUACAUUGUAGUUUAAUUGAGUCGAGUGAAGACGGGAGCAGGAUGUUUGUAAAGCUGGACGAACCGCUGCGAGCGAUAACACCAGGUCAGUAUGCUGUGUUCUACAAGGACGAGGAAUGUUUCGGUAGUGCUAGGAUUGUAAAACCUGGACCGUCGAUUGUGUACUGCCAACGGUAACAUUUAGGCUGUUUUCUGUAUA